AAUGUUUUAAUCCGGACACAGAACAGGCGUGCUGAGACUAAGCCCACUGAAUGCCCUGCUCACAGGAACGCUCCCUCACAGACACCGAGCUGCUUUAGACAGGCAGCCGUGGAAAAGAUACGCGAGAUGAUGGCGCGUUCAGCUCCUCUACCGGAGAGAAUUGGAUGCGCGAAUGGGUUAUGAGUCGAUGCGCCUGCUCGGGAAUACAUUCAAGGAUAUAAUCCUUUUGAGAUUUAAAAGUGUUUGACUCCAUGCAUACUGUCAAUCCUCAUCUUUGCUUUUCUGCAUUAGCAGCAUUCCGCCCUCAGCCAUAUGGCAGACUGUCCCAACUGGGUGAUAAUGUGCAUGUGUGUGAAUGUUGACUAGGUUCCUCUUGUAGCAGGUGGCUAAGGAGAUAAUCCAGGUAAAGCCACUGCGAAGGUGGAGAUGGAGGGAUGCUUUGAGGAAGGGGGUGGGCGGAUGGAUAGUGAGUGGCCUUUGUAUGGACUUGUUGGGCUAAUUCUGGCCUCCUAAUCCUGCUCCCGUUCACCCUCCUCCUCUUCCUGCUUGCCAUCUCCACACUUUUGGGUUGGUGCAACCGAUGGCUAGGUAGACUCAAGCAUCAAGCACGCACACCCUUAACCUUAACGGGUUCUCUGAGCAGAACGAGGGUGAAAAAGAGGCUACGUGAGUCAUUGUUGCUAGCUAUCCUGGACCACGCAUGAGUGGGUCUCAGUGGAGAAUGUAGCAUCGGCCCUCCAGACGAGCCAAGGAUACGCGCCGCCAUGGGAGAAGCUCAGAAGGGUAGUGGUGUGAUCCAACCACAGGGCUUACUCUCCGUCAUUGAGAAACUAAAAGGAAGCAGCGAGCAGGAAGUGCGAAUAGUUCUUCUGGGCUUGGACAACGCCGGCAAGACUACGCUGCUCAAGAGCCUCGCCUCUGAAGAUGUCAACACGAUCACACCCACGCAGGGCUUCAACAUCAAGAGCGUUGCCUCUCAUGGGAUGAAGCUCAAUGUGUGGGAUAUCGGAGGGCAGAGGAAAAUCAGACCUUUCUGGAAAAAGUAUCUGGAAAACACUGAUCUGUUGAUUUAUGUUAUUGACAGUGCAGACAAAAAGCGAUUUGAAGAAACUGGACUGGAGUUAUCCGAGCUGAUAGAUGAGGAGAACCUGAAAGGCGUUCCGGUGCUCAUCUUUGCUAAUAAGCAAGAUUUGGCCACAGCAUCACCGGCCAGCGAGAUCGCCGAAGGACUCAACCUUCAUACGUACAGAGACCGUGAGUGGCAGAUUCAGGCCUGCUCGGCCGUGUCUGGAGAAGGAGUUCAGGACGGGAUGAACUGGAUUUGCAACAACAUCAUGAAUAAGAAGAAAUGAGCCCAAACAACAUGAAGCAGACAGCUAGCAUCAUUAUCAUAUCACAACACACACACACACACACACACACACACACACACACACAUGUGAAUAAUUUGUUUUUGUCAUGCUAUUAGUGUUUAGGUUAUGAUAAGAAAGUUAGGCUUCUGCAGUGUUUAUCAAUACGGAAUGUUUCUGCCCCAUCAUCCCUCAAAUCCUUGUCUGGUAAUCCUGUGAAACUAUGUAAACUUUGCUUAAAUGUGUUAGAACUGUUGCCGUCGGUAACAUUCAUACUGUAGUUCGGUGUGGGUGCGAUGUGUCUUUUGGUAAUUUUUGACCAUAAAAUGUUUCUCCCAUCUUUU